GAGCGGGCGGGCGCCUGCACUCCCCCUCCGCGGGGCGAGCCGCGGGGCGAGAGCAGGAAGGAGGAAGGCGGAGAGCCGAGCGGGCGCCGCGCUGCUGGUCCGGAGAGCGCGCAGGUGAUGCUCUCAUUGAGGUGGAGUGUGGUGCCAGUCCAGCGAGUUGUCCAAGCAUGAAGCAGGCUCUCCGCUAGCGUGCAUGUGAUGUGAGCAAUCCAGGAAUGCCAUGCCCUGUUGAGAGACUCUUGGCUGCAGAAGUGCAACUCCUUGUUUAGGCAAGAAAAGCAAAUGCAAGGAUCUUUUUAGCUACUGUUUGCUCUGGAGCACCUUGGUCAAGACUUCCUAGGUUGUUCUUCCCUGUUUUCUCCUUGCUUACACGCGAAACUAGCAAGAUGAUCGACCUAAGCUUCCUCACGGAUGAGGAGCAAGAGGCAAUCCUGAAAGUGCUCCAGCGGGAUGCAGAUCUGAAGAGAAUUGAAAAUGAGAGGGUCAGGCAUUUACCUGAAAAAGUGAGAGAUGAAAGUCAGGUCAAGAACAUGAGUGGGCAGUGGUUUUACGAAGCCAAGGCCAAGAGGCACAGAGAGAAAAUAUAUGGUGCCGACAUCGUUCGGGCAUCCAUCAGGAGGAAGCCGCUGACAACAGCUGGGAUGACUCCAAGGAAGCCAGGCAAAACAGAGAACAGCUGGGUGAACAAUGUUAAUAAAGAAGUCCUUGUACCACCAGAGCUGUUGGAAGAGACAGAAGGCAAAAUGAAACCUAACCAGAGCCCUAAAGGAUUCAGUAUGGCCGUUGACACAUUAGAGACACCCAAGGAGGAUGCGCAAAAGCCAGCAGUCUCACCAUCUAAGCAAAGGAAGAAUCCAUUUAAUGAUGCAAGUUUACCAGAAGAUCAUGCAAAAAUUGAGCGGGCUGAAAAUGGAAUGAAUGGUUUAUCAGAGCCAACAGGGAAAGAAGCACAUAUGCCUUCAGCAGAAGACCAACCCAGGAUAGGCCUAACACCCUACACGAGUGUAGGAAGUCCAGAGCAGGCUUCUGUAGGACUGAGUGAAGCAGGAAAACCUCCUGUACCAAGAGCUCGGAAAAAUGCCCACAAGACCUCAGAUGUCAGCUUGAGAAAUGAAAAUCCCCUCCCCAAAGCGCCUAGAAGGAUCAAGCAGGUGAAUGGCCAAGGGACGCCACCCCGGGGCAUCCUGAAACGCAGCUCCAGCUCCAGUUCCACAGACUCCGAAAUGUUCCGUCUGAGCCAAAACAUGGACUCAUCCAAUAAAACUGGACUCCCAGCCUCAGCUAUCCUUGAAGACGUUCCUGCAGGGGAAGCAGAAGGCUUCUCGCAAAACUCUUUGGAAAGACUAAAGCAAGUCAGGUUCUCCUCCAGCGUAAGUAGGAAAGGGCAUCCACCGAGUCAUGAGUCGCACACAGGCAAAGAAUCGGGAGAGUUCAGUCUGUUAGACUCUGACUCCAUUAAGACCAACGAAGGCCGAGUGAGUGGCGUGGAGGCGCUUCAGAGUGAGCAGUCCCGGCCAGCAACGCCUCCUCAGUCCUAUUCUCCAGCUUUAAAUGGAAACGCUAAGGACAGAGGAGAAUUUCAAGAAAGUGGAACAGCGCCAGGUUCUCACAAGCCAAGCAGCGCAGAUCCACCCCCUGGCCCCUUGCAGGCUGUCGAAAGCCAACUUGCGGAACCCUCCCUUCCGAGUGGGUCUUCCAGCCAAGCGUGUCCCGGUGCUGGAGAAGCGGAAACUCAUGAGGUGCCCCCUCAGAUCACGACAAAACAGCCGAGUCCUGAGUCAGAGGCCUUCCCAAAAAGCACCACUGACCAGCAGUUGCCUUUGGCUAAGCCAGAAGAGCCUCAGGUGCCCAAAGGAGGCUCUGCAGACCCUGAACAAGAAAGGAAACUUGCAGAGAAAAGGAGCCUGCACAAGACAAGGGAGUUGACGGUAACCGGAGAAGAUCACGGAUCAAGCCCAGGUGUGCUGAGAGGAAAGCCUACCAGCCAGAACGACCAGUCCCGUGACCCAGUAUUUGCGAAGAAUGGAAGACCAGUCAGCCUACUGGUAGGAGAAGAAAGAAGCUUCACUCAAGGCAAAGCAGAAGAGACGGCAGGCUCUGCCCACCAGAGGCCAUGCGUUCAAACUGGCGAGAGAGCACAUAUUCUGACCACUGGCCAGGACAUGAACAAGAGAGAUGAUGUGGGUGUGGAAGGCAAGGGUGAAGUGGAGGAUGGAAAUACUUCAUGCGGAGAACUGAAGGUUGAAGAUAAAACAGUUAAACCGGGUUUGAAGAGUGCUGAUCCUUCUUUUGGAGGGGCAAUGAAAGGGAGAAAUAGUACACAUAGAUACACUGAUGGGGAGAGAGAUGUCAGAUCUUUAUUGGAAGAAGGAAACCUUGAGCAACCAUCUGGAGAGCUUCAUAAAAAACAUAAAGGAAAGGAAUCUGGAUUAUUGGAUGAUGAAAAUACGCACCGCACCAACCAAGGGGCCUUGUUGCAGCCACAUGAAUUCAAACAGUCAUCUCUGAUGGGGGAUAACAGAAAAGUCAAGGACAUCAGGGCUUUCUGGGAAGGAGAGAAGAUAACCCCAAAACUGGCAAAUAAAGAAGAUGACUUAAAUGAAAGCUCCUCUGCUAGUAACACGAGACCAACCUAUAGAAACAAAGUCAGCAGAACAAAGUCAGUGGGUGAAUCUUCAGGAUAUGUCACAGGUGAAUCUGACAAUGAACAAAGCAAGUCUAAUCCAGUUACCUUCAGAAAAAUUGAAUUACGUGAGGAUGUCUCUGAACCCAAAGAUGAUGAGAUUACAUUGUCUUCAGGAGAAACUAGAAAAACCCUAAUGGCUAAAUCCAAAGGGAGCCAUCCUGCAGACAGAUCUGGUGAAACAGUUCCAAGUGACCAGAAGAAUGUUGAAGGGACACGACAUCCAGAUGUAGAUCAUAUGCACCCGAGAUGCAAUGCAGAGUCACCUGGCAGUGAGAAUGGACCUUUCCAAGGCAUUGCUUUUGGGAAAGAGAGGACUUCCCCUACUCUACACCAGGAGCCUCCCUUUAAGAUUCAUUCUUUAAAGCAAAAAAUAGAUGAUGAGUCAAAGACUCAGAUGCUCAGUCCAGCAGAGUUUCAAAGCCUGAGAAGUUUUUGGGAUGUGGGGACCAAGCCUCAGAGCAAGGCUGAUGAGGCCAAGCCAAGGAUGGUCGCCUCAAGGAGUAGAAAUAGUAGUACAGGAAGUUAUCUGAAAGAGUCAGAGCAGCCGAAAGAACUAGGAACUACUCAGGCUGUUAUGGGAGAUGAACAACAAAAGUUCCCAGAAGAAAGAACGAGGGAACCAAAAAAUUCACCUUUAGAAGCAAUAAGGGUGACUUCAAAGCAAGCAGGACAACUUGUGCUUUCUCGAUCGAUGACUGCUGUGCCGAUGGGAAGCUUAGAGUUUGCCCUAACAGAGGGGAACUACUGUGAGGGAAAAGCUGUGCUUCCAGUAAAAGAGUAUGUAGAAAAAACAGUUGUUCCAUCAAAAGUACAACACAAUUUGUUUAAGAGAAACUUGCAGAAUCUGUUGAUAGACUCAUCUCCGGAGUCCUCAUUGGUUUCCCUGCCUGCUGAUGAGGAAGGGGUUGCACAGGCAGAUGGACAGAUGCCUUCUACUGACCAGGCACGGCAGGAUAGGGUUGCUUCUGUAGACACAGAUGGAAAAGCUGAACUUCCAGCAAGGGAGGUGAUUGAGACGGUAAACCAAACUUUGGUCUCCCAUAAAGCCAACCCUGAUGCUUUUAAGACUGGCCUAGAGAGACUGCUGAAGGAAAGUGCAGAUGUGAAAACCGUUUUUAGACCCCCGAUAGUGGUGGAUAGUCCUGAACAAGCAGUUCCUGCAUUGGAGAAGAAGCGUUUCUUUAACAAGGUGAUGGAGCGCAGUCAUUCUGCUUCCCCCAGUGAUCAACAAGAGGCCCUGGUGGAGUCUCAAGAAAGGGAAGAAACUCCCCCCAAUUAUAUCUUGUCCAAAGAUCAACCUGUUAAAUAUAAAGCAGUUGUAGGGCAUUUGCCUGCAAUCACAAAAGAAUCAAAUUCAGUGCCUGAGAAAGCACCUAACAAGGAGGAAGGCCAAACAUCUCUUAACAAAAUUCCUUCUCAGAAAGAAGCCUUCCAGAUUCCAUCACUGAAAAUGACACUACCUGAAGCUUGUCUUGCCACUCAGGACAGCACAAAUGCUCCUGGGAAAGAGGUUUUUGAAACAGCGACAGAAAGGACGGUUCCACCAAACAAGGAAUGCCAUGAUCUGAAUGCCAAACUAGUCUGCCUUCUGAAAGAAUCAAGAAUGCCUUGUGCUUCACCAGUGAGGGAGAAUAUUCUGAAAACACCAUCCAGGAGUGUUCCUGGAGACAGUCAGCAAAGGCUGUUGACCGAAAAGUCCAUUCUUUCUAUGCCUCAAACAGCUAAAUCUUCAAGUGAGACAGGUGAGCAAAGUGCAGAUGCCAGUAAAGAUGGUGGCAAUAAACUGACCACAGAAAAAGGUGAACCGAUUCAAGAAGCAGCUGCAGUGUUCCCAUUUAGAAAGCAGAAAAAUGAAAAUGCCCUGGGGCAGAGCGUUACUGUUAAUGAGCAACCGGUGGAUGUGGCAGAGACAGUAGUGAAAACCAUUAAGCCAAAUUCAUUUGAACAUGCACCAUUUAAAGCCAGGUUACAGAAGCUGGAAGCAGACUCCGCGCUGCUCAAAGAGACAAAUGGUUCCAGCACAUCACAGGCUACCCCACAUCCCCAUCCAAAUGUGAGUCCGGUUCAUGAUAAAGAUGCAGCACGUCCUCAAGAACUAUUUGAAACCAUUGAAAAAGUUAGGGCUCCAUCUAAUGCCAGGCAGGCGGAGCUCAGUGCCAGCUUGCAACGAUUGCUCAAGGAAGAUUCCAAAGUCCUGCCGAAAAGCACAUGCCAUAAUAAUGGGACAGAAUUUGAGAGCAAAUUUAACCAGACUGUAGAUUCGGUUGGCAAAAAGGAAAUAGGUCAGGGACCAGAAAUUAACGAAAUGAUAGACAAAACGGUUGCUCCACCCAGAUUGAACCAGCAAGAAUUUUGUUCAGGUGUACAGAAACUACUUGAAGAAGCUGCCCAGACUGCCAAAGUGAAGGACAGCAGGCAGGCCAGUCUUGGCGUACAGAGCAGCAUGGACUUUCCUGCAGAAGCAAAUGAAACGGUGGUAAAGUCAGUUGCUCCACCAAACGUGGAUGCAGCAUACAACUCCAGGUUAGAAAAGCUCAUUAGGGAAGGUUCUGAUGCUGCUUUGCAAAUGUCCAAGGAAGGCAUUCAGGGAGCAACAGGCAUCUCCACACCACUGAUAAAAGAGAGCGUAUCUGUCAGAAUGGCACCACCAGUUGAGAGCACAUCAGGUGACUAUACGAGUAUGGUUAAAAUACCCUUCAAGGGCAAAACUUCCCAACAAGAUGCCCAAACAGUAGAGAAAGCAAAGACUUGGGGUGUCCAUGAAAAUAAUGCAGUUUUCCAAAAAACUAUCCAAGUUAACCUAGCCUCAACUGCAGCACCAGAUCUGCAAAAAGGGAAGGAUUCCCCCAUUCUUAGCAGGACAGAUGAUGCAGAGGGUAAAUAUGGAAGUUGGGGAGAAGCGGAGACAAGUGCAACACCGGAUGGAUCCCAAAGCGCAAGCACCUCACUUGGAGAAAGCAAAGGCCCUCUUAAAAUAAGUAAAGUUGAGCUUCUGCUCGCUGCUUCUCAUGAUGGGGACAAGGAUGAGGAAGAUGACGAUGAUGCAUCAGAUCUUUUAGGUGAAAACAGCCGUUCCAUUGUGGGAAUCCAAAGAAGUUCAACCCGUUCUGAAGAUGAAAUAAACCCUGUUUUGAAGGCUUUGAAAAGGAGUUCAAAUAGGCAAAUUCCUUCCAAAAGUCUAGAGGACAUACCAUCAGCCACAUCAAAUAAAGAACAAGUAAACCUUCCGAAGGAUGACAUAAUGCUUAGUGCUGAAGAUGUUUCCACAGCACCUUCUUUCCCUGACAGCCAGUUCUCCAAUCCGGAAAAAAUCAAAAUGAUGAGCAAAUCAGUUCCGGCAUUUCUGCAGGAUGAGGCAAGUUUUUACUUUUGCACGUCUUAGAAAUCUUGGGCAUUGUUUCAAGGGAGCGCUGGUGUGCCCGUGGAGCUAUGCCUUAAUGUAGACUUAAACGAAAUAAGAAUAUAAUUAGAAGAACUUGUUCCAGAGGGAAUGGGCUGGAGAAGUGAAUCUUGGGAAUUUCUGUUUGUGAUGCAUUAUGUUUUGAAUUAGAGGGUUAAACUGAGAGGAUGAGGAGGGUAGGAGUGUGAAAUAACUUGGCUCAGAGUAGCAGUUUCGACCUGAUGACCUACACUGCUAUCCCACCCUGUUAAUUUGUGGUGGUUUAGAUACAACUUAGUGAAGUAUGUAGAUUUGGGUACAAAAUGGUAUCUGCUUUCACCAUGGUCUGAAGAUGACCCUGAAUUAACCCAGCCAAGGUAUCAAUAAGUAGUUAGUGAUACCUUGGUUUUCCUGUGAGAAACCAGGGUUGGCAAUAAUUUCAACCAUGAACCAUGAAGAAGGUUUGCUAGGAAAGGCUGCUGAUGGUCCGUACCUGAUCCAGAACAGAUCCCCUUGGUUCUUUCAGUCUGUCUUUGGGAUCUUUCCCUAACUUUCCAUUAAACAGCUUUUAUAACUACUGCAGUCGCUAGAACCAAAGCUUCCCCCACUUCUCCUGAGCGUGUUCUUUUGUAAAUGUCUCAAAUUAGCUGCUUACGGGAAACACGAAUCAAACAAUGAAUCAAAAUUUUGAAUUAAUGUUGCAAUCAUCUCUUGAUCAAGUAAUAAUGUCUAACAUAGAAUAGAUACCCUGGAGCAAAGGCUGACAGUAAAGUGGAUGAGAUCUACUUAAAGGAAGGAGUACAUCACAAGGCAAUGCAGUGCAAUGUUAGAAUUGGUGCUAAGAAAAUGCUGCCUGGAGCUAACAUCGAGUCAGUCUAAACCAAAGCAAUCCCGGCUAAUGCUUGGCCACACUUCCCCUGGAAACCUUAAGGGAAGGAAAUGACAGGGUCUUUUAGGGGGCGAUCCCAUGGGUCUGCCCAUGACUUGAGGGACUGUGGCCAUCCCAAGUACAGCAAGAGAAGCGUGGAGGAGAGGGUUGCCUCUGUGCUCUUGGCAAAGCAGUUGGACAGCCUAUUUCAGCCAUCUGACUGCAGCAUUUCAGAGGGGAAGGGACGCCUGCCAAGGUAGUACCAGGAUAUAGUCUGUCCUGGCAGUGCCAGUCUCCUCUCUUCCAAAUGACCUUUAAACCUCUUCUCUGAGCUCAUCCCUCCAAGCUUGAAGAAGCCACUAAUGUGGCAGAGCGGAAUCCGCACGUGAACCUCCAGUUGCAAGGUUGGAACACUUGUCUGACCUUGUGUCUGGGAAUCCAAACCUUCCUGUGGCCCUCUAGGCACCAGCCGGGGGCCAUGGAACAGCUCUACCCAGGCACUUGGCCAGCCGCUGAAUUGAUCUUAUUAGGUAGGUAAAUAGAGUUACCUAAUAUUUAAUUUGACUCUGCUGUUCCUCCAGCAUGAAUCCCACUAUUGUAACAUUCUGGUUACAAGAAGCAAACCUGCACAUGAGUCCUUCUGGGGCAGGUUAUAGUCGCCUUUGGUCUAGUGAGAUGGGAAAGUAUCUCCAAAUCGCUUAGUCCAGCCACCGUGUGCAAAGGGAAAAUAAGCAGAAUGCACAGAAUGUGUGGCUGGGCCCUGCUUGCCUGUGUGUGCAUGCAGGCGAAUCCAGAAUGCUAAUGUGUGUUGGGGAAAUGACAUGUGGCCCAUGACAUGUAGACCGUAACGAGCCAGUUCAGGGUCGACUGGUGCUCACUUAACAGAGAAUGUCAAAGCAAGCCAUUUAAAACAACAAGUUUGUCUAUAAUUAAGAACUAUUUUCUUGCUUAGCUGAUACCAUUUUUUUAAAAAAGAAAGCUUCAGAUGUUUUCCUAUAAAAGGAUUGCAAUACCGCUUUCACACAUGCAUGCACAUACCUUGCUUAUUCCCACAAGCCCAAAGGGGACCAAAGGAUUAUGAGCCAUAAAAUAAGUCACUUAUUGCAUUGCUGCUCGGUGAAACUGAGGGAGCCACUUCAGUGGACUGGGGUGGAAUUAAAACAGAUCUCCUUUCCUCGAAGAACGAAAUGGUUGGCGGCACAGGGGCGGAACACAGAACGGUCUUGUCUUACCACUUCGUGUCAUUCUGCCUUCCCCCCCACAAGUACAGAUAUAUUCUUGCAUGAAAACGUGCACGUGACUUGAGGUUUCCAUCAUUAACUGUAUGCCCAGCAGUAAGUCUUGGCGGAUGUGCUGGAAUUGUGCUGCAUGGCAAUAUUCGUACUGCUUUUCGAACACCCGCGCAAACUUUUUUCCCUGUCUUUGUGUAAUAUCUUGUAGAGCGAUGACAGAGAGGCAGAUUCAGCAUCAGACAGCAGUUUCCCACUUGGCAGAAUCAAGAAGAGCCCCAGUUCGCUAACCAAUCUUAGUGGCUCUUCCGGCUUGGCGUCCUUGUCGUCUGUAUGUAAACAAAAGCUUCAGUUAACAUCGCUGCUUUCCCUACCUCUACAGUAGUAGCAAAACUUCUGUGUUGAAAUGCUUGAUGCCGUGACAAAUGCUUCUUCCUUAGCUGUAACACCCAAAUGUUUUCUUGCAAAAAUACUACCCCUUAACCUAAAUUAACCUCUCAUUUGCCCCUGCCCAUUGCACCCAACUUUUGGGGACCCUUCCAAGUGCUUGCCGUCACUCUUCCUGAACA